AUGUCUGACUUGGAUGAGGACUUAUUAGCUUUAGCUGAAGGUGAUGAUGGGGAUGAAGAUGUUAUGGUAUCGUCCAAGAAAAGAUCUAAAAAUGAUAUUGCUGGAUCGAAGAAGAGGAUGUUAAUGGAUGAUGAUGACGAAGAUGACAGCAAUGACGAUGAAGAUAAUGAUGUUGAAGAUUCAGAGGGUGAAGAUGACUAUAAUCCUGGUACUCAAUACGAUUUUGAGGGGAAUGAUGAUGGGAGUGGGGACGAGCAGGAAGAGAGAAAUCCAUACCCAUUGGAAGGGAAGUAUAAAGAUGAGGAAGAUCGGAACCGGAUUCAGGAUAUGCCCGAAAUGGAACGUGAAACGUUGUUGUUUGAAAGAUCUCAAGAGAUGCAGAAAUAUCAAGAACGAAAAGUUUUAAGGCAGCGUGCGAAGAGCAUUAGGGCGCAGCAACAGCAAAGACAGUUGCAGAAGGAUAGUACAAAACGUUCAUCUGGACGUUCUACACGUACUACUGGUCAUUCAGAACUGAGGACCUCUAAGUUAUCUGAAUUGCGGAAACAGAGGGCAAAGAAAAGUGGUAAUUAUGACUAUAGUGAGUCUGAAGAAGAUGAAUCCGACCAGUCUGAUAAUUAUGCAGAAUCUGAUAAUGAUGAUUACGAUCCGCAUCAUGGCCACAAGGAUGGCUUUUCAGAUCAUGAUAAUGAAGUUAAGUGGGCUGAAGAAGACUUGGACCGAGAUGCGGAGCUUGAGGAUUUCAACAAAGUUAAAAUUGGUCGUUCAUUUGUGGCCAAGUUUUGUUUUUAUCCUGAUUUUGCUGAGCGUGUUCAAGCCUGCUACGGAAGGGUCAAUAUUGGUCUAGACAAACAUACUGGCUUACCUAUGUAUCGAAUGGUUAAAAUCGAGAGAGUGUUUUUACAAAAGCCAUACAGUAUGGGCAAAUUUUUUACCAAUCAGUACUUUGGAGUUACGCAAGGUAAGGAUCGGAAAGUCUUUCAGAUGAAUUAUUUUAGUGAUGGACCUAUAACUCAACCUGAAUUUGAAAGAUAUUUGAACCAAAUGGCUAAAUAUGACAUGAAUAAGCCUUCGCUAUACACAUUAAACAAUAAGGCUAAGGAGUUGUUUAACUUCGUGUCUCAACCCAUGACAAUGAAAUUGACCGAUCAGAUUGUCCGUAACAGGAUGGUUUUUAAUAAGAAGCUAACAGGUACUAACGCUGUAUUGGAAAAGUCUGUGUUGAAAGAUAAGCUUCAGUAUGCAAAGGACACCAAUAAUGAAAGUGCUGUUGCCAAAUAUGCCGCACAGUUGAAGAACCUUGAAAAGAGAAUGUCUUCUUAUGAGAAACAUCAUGAAAAUGAUCAGACUGGCAUUCGAAAAUUAGGCGCUCUAACUUCCAAAAACCGGAAAGUAAAUAUGGAUAAGAUCAGACUAGCGGAGAAUGUGAGGAAAGAAGAUUCUAGUAACGUUGAUGCAAAGAGUGACCCAUUUAGUAGAUUGAAGACUAGGACCAAGAUAUAUUAUCAAGAAAUCCAACAGGAAGAAAAUGAGAAGGCAAUGGAAUUAGCCAAACAAAAACAUCAAGAGCAAGAUAAAGAGACCCAAGAAAACAAAGAAAGACAGCUACUGCUGGCAAAGUUUAGACGUUUAGGAGGUUUAGAAGAAAUAGUGAGCAGCAUUCCAUUUAAAAUAGAGCUUGGGUUUUGA